GAAGAACGCUCGCACUCGGAGGAAGUCUCUGCUGCCUGCGCCAAGGCUCCUGUGUGUAUACGGAACAUGUGAGAGUGACAGACGGAAGAGUCAGACCGCAGCAAGCAAGCAACAGCAGCGAGACAGAAAAAGGAGCUGGAGGGGCAGAGCAGAACAGACUCAGCUGUGCAGUUAGCUCGGCGCUGUUCACUCAUAAAUCGAUGUCUAUACGUGUGUGUGCGCGCAAUGCAAAACAAAAGUGGGAAGUGACAUUGCAGUUCUCUUUUUACGUUAUUACACUUCCAGCAGAAAAGACUUAUUGCAUAGCAAUACAAUGUGUAAAUAACUUGAUUUCGAGCUGCAUUUAUUUUAUUUUAUUUUGUUUUUACAAUUAGCAUUACAUUGAAUAUAACAUGAUGGAGCCUUGGAGGCAAUGCGCAUUGUGGCUUAUCAAUUGUAAGGUGCUGCCACCAAACCAUCGGGUUACGUGGGAAUCAGCCCAGGUAUUUGAUUUAGCCCAAACCCUAAGGGACGGGGUUCUGUUGUGCCAGCUUCUGAACAACCUGAGACCCCUAUCUAUCAAUCUGAAGGAGAUCAAUCUGAGACCGCAGAUGUCACAGUUCCUGUGUUUGAAAAAUAUAAGAACAUUCCUUUCAGCAUGCUGUGAAAUAUUUGGGAUGAGAAAAAGCGAAUUGUUUGAGGCCUUUGACUUGUUUGAUGUUCGAGAUUUCGCAAAGGUUAUUGAGACCUUAUCACGACUUUCUCACACAGUUAUAGCACAACAUACAGGAAUAAGGCCAUUUCCAACAGAAGAAAGUGUGGGUGACGAGGAUAUCUACAAAGGUCUAGAUGAGUUAAUCGAUGAAAAUGAAGUAGAAGAUGAGGAAGAUCUGUAUGACUGUGUUUAUGGAGAAGAUGAAGGAGGGGAGGUUUAUGAAGACCUGAUGAAGACUGAAGCUGCACCCCCGCCUAAACAGGCUGAAACUGACAUUCGCAGCUGCUGUCUUCAAGAAAUCAAACAGACAGAAGAGAAAUAUACUGAGACGCUGGAGUCGAUAGAGAGAUAUUUUAUGACUCCGCUGAGAAAAUUUGUAUCCGCCACAGAGAUUGAAAAAGUAUUUGUUAACGUUCCGGAACUUGUGAAAGUCCACAAAAGCCUAAUGCAAGAGAUCCAUGACUCCAUCUCAAACAAGAAUUCCCAGAACCUAUACCAGAUAUUUAUUAACUACAAAGAAAGAUUGCUCAUCUAUGGGAAGUAUUGCAGUCACGUAGAAACAGCCAUAGCCGGCUUGGACGACAUCUGCAAAGAGAAAGAAGAUGUUCGGUUAAAGCUCGAGGAAUGCUCAAAGAGGGCAAAUAAUGGGAAGUUUACCUUGCGAGAUCUUCUGGUUGUCCCAAUGCAGAGAGUUCUUAAGUACCACCUGCUUCUUCAGGAAUUAGUCAAACACACUCAUGAUCAAACUGACAAGAGUAAUUUACGAAUGGCCCUCGAUGCCAUGAAGGAUCUGGCUCAAUAUGUAAACGAAGUAAAAAGAGACAAUGAAACACUGCGUGAGAUUUAUCAGUUUCAGUUAUCCAUUGAAAACCUGAAUCAGUCUCUUAGAAACUACGGAAGACCAAAAGUAGAUGGAGAAGUGCGAGUAGCUUCACUGGAUAAACGCGCAAAACAAGAUAGACAUAUCUUCUUGUUUGACAAAGCUGUGAUUGUUUGCAAAAGACGAGGCGAUAACUAUGAAAUGAAGGAGGUGAUUGAUUUGCACAACUUUAAAAUCACCAACAACCCAACGACAGAUAAGGAAAACAAAAAGUGGUCUUAUGGAUUCUAUCUCACGCAUAUCCAGGGACAGAACGGGUUUGAAUUCUUUUUUAAAACAAAAGAGCUGAAAAAAAAGUGGCUGGAACAGUUUGGAAUGGCAAUAUCUAACAUCACACCUGAACAUGCAAAUGAGAAUUGUCAUGAAUUUAAAAUGCAUACUUUUGAACGGAUCACAUCUUGUAGCUCGUGCCACAUGCUUCUGAGAGGAAUAUUUUACCAAGGGUACUUGUGUUCUAAAUGUGGAGCUGGGGCCCAUAAAGAGUGCCUAGGCAGACUGGAAACAUGUGGAAAAACACAUACAGAUUCGGGGACACUAAGAGCUGAGAAGAAACUCAAUGGACCCAGAAGACAGAGUAGGUCCAUGGAUCCAGGUUUACCUAAGAUGCAGGUUAUUCGAAACUACCUUGGGAUACCGCCUCCCCUUGAAGGCCCCCCUCUGAACAUCCAGGUUGGGGAAAUCAUCGAGGUGAUCAGGGCUGAUGUCCACAGCUCAUGGUGGCAGGGUAGAAUUCUGACAACUAAAGAAGUUGGCUUCUUCCCAAGUGAUGUAGUAAAACCUUACUGUGUUCCAAAGCCAGUUGACUAUUCUGCACAGCCAUGGUUUGCUGGGCCAAUGGAAAGAUUACAGGCGGAAAUGGAACUCAUAAACAGAGGCAACAGCACCUACCUUGUGAGACACAGAAGUAAAGAAUGCACUGAAUAUGCUGUUAGUAUUAAGUAUAACAACGAUGUGAAGCACAUCAAGAUUUUAACAAAGGAUGUGCUUUUCUACAUUGCAGAGAACAAGAAGUUCAAAAGUCUGUUAGAGCUAAUAGAGUACUACAAGCACCACUCCCUAAAGGAAGGGUUUCGAAGUCUAGACACAACACUGCAGUUUCCAUACAAAGAACCAGAGAACGCAGUCGUGCACAGGGGAAACAGAACGGGUAGCAACUCCCCAUUGCUCUGUGGGUUUUCUAUCGUCACUCCUCCAGGUUACAGCUUUGUCCCCCCUUCCUCUGCUCCUUUCUGGUCAGUGUUUACUCCCAAAGUAAUUGGUAUCGCAAUAGCUCGGUAUGACUUCAGCCCCAGAGAUAUGAGAGAGCUUUCAUUACUGGAAGGAGACAUGGUAAAGAUCUACACCAAAACGGGAGCGAACGGCUGGUGGAGAGGGGAGGCAAAUGGCAAGGUGGGAUGGUUUCCAUCUACGUAUGUCGAAGAGGAGGAAGAAUAAAUCAAUAAAUGAAUAAAUAAGUAAACCAGCCGGGUGCCACUGUACAAAAUAUCACCGUGGGCCACCGUGAAUUGUGGACUUCUGCAGCCAUGUUGUAAAAAACCCCACAACUCUGCUGUCUGUCCUAAACCUUGCUAAUAGAAUGUUGGGAAUUCUCCACACAAGCUUGUGUUGACAGAUUAAUGGCUUGCCUGCAGCUUUACAAGCAAAAGCCUGCCAGUCUACUGUCAGUAGGGACCAGCUCAGAGGGAGAACCUCUCCCUCCCAGAAGAACUUCAAAAUAUAGACAGCUUUAUUCUUCUUGUCACUCUUCUUGCAAGUACACAUUGUCAGCUCAGCUGCUGGUAAAUAUUUAAAGACAUCUCCAUCCCCAGCUAAGGUUCUCCUUGAUGAGUCGCGGAAGUCCGGAGCUGUUUCAUUUUACCUUGCGUAUCAUUUCCCAUUCUGACCUUCCUGGCGUCCUACAGGAACUUACCUGCAUUAUUAUUGAUGACUUUAUCAGUGGCCAUCCUUCUCAAAGUGAAGGCUGUGAGAAUACAGGCGUUCCAUCACAUCACCUCUUUCCACACAGAUUACAAUCACUACCUUGCAAAUAAGAAUCAUGAUGCUGUUAUAGUGUAAAGGAUAAAGGGACAGAGAAAAAAAAAUCAGUGCUACACAGGAAUAAUUGAUUCGUCUUUCCAGUUCAAAUAAAAUGCUAAUUUUUGCAGUUGGCUUAUCUCAAUAGGCAUAUUGUUAGUUGUCACUCUUGUUUCAGAUUACUAAUGUCAGUAAUGUGCUAUCUGAAAUACAACUUUUAAACAAAACAAAAGAAAGAGAAUACAGCUAAGGACAGUACCAGUAAAAUAUAAUGUGUUAUACCUAUAGCUCAGUUUUAACUGAAAUAUGAAUUAUGGAUUAUAGUUUGGCAGCAGCUCAUGAUAAUGAGUAUAUAUAAGUAAACCACUUCCCCUUAUACUCCCCUUAUACUCCUAAUAGAUGUAUGUUCCAACAGAAGAUUUGCAAGCUUGUUCACCUAAACAUGGCUAAACUGUUACUGGUUAAGAUAGAUGCUAAUUUCAGUGAUAACACUGAUAAAGGCAUUAGCGGAAACAUGUGUCUUUUUCUGUUUCUUUUAGUUUUAUCUCAAAGAUACAGCUUGGUGGGACUCCACCUUAUUUGGACAUAAAGAACCUGUACAAUAUUAACACUGAAAGUACAAAAGCAUUCAGUGGUAUUUGUAAAACAAUUGUGUUAUUCAGUGAAAAAAACACAUUUUCUUUUGGGGAAAAAAAAUGCACAGUGGUUUACACUUGUCAAAUGCAUGGUCUUAUAUUUGUUUUUUUUAAACUAAACAUGCUAGAUGCUAGAUGAUGUAAGAGUUGUGUCUGGCACUGUAUUGUACUGGUAUUGUAUAUUUACUAAAUCACAGCAGUAAUACUGUAUGCUUAUCCAAAAGUAAAAAAUAUCCCACUUGUUACUUACAAGGGAAAGGGUCCAAAUUGAAUCUGUGUAUUUUUUAACAGUAUGCAUUCAGGGAACUUCCUUCAUUGUAUUUGUCAAAAGUCAUUAUUAUAAGGAAGUCACAUGCUGGAGUUAAGCAAUCUUCAGCUAUGAUGUAGAUGUGUAAAUCUGCAAUGCUAUUUUUUUUUGUACAGUGUUAAAGUAUGCAGGACUGGUUCUCCAAAAACUGGUCCAAAUACUCCUCAUGCACUGAGUAUUAUCAGGCAUAUUACUGGCACAUACUGUUUGUAUGGAUUUUUAUACAAAAUGUUGUUUUUUUUUUUUGUUUUUUUUUUUGGGGAGAUAUUUUUGUUACAUUAGAUUAAAUAUAUUGGAAAUGUCCAAGUAUUCAGAUUGCAUUUGAAAAGUUCACUGUUUUCUAAGACUUCAAGUGACGUUACUCCUUACUGGCCACUUGAUGUCAGCAUUAAAAGCUUUUAUUUUAUUAACUUUAACUUAAUUUUCAUGGGCUUAUUUUGAACUGUUCCCAGUGCUAGUGGCAUUAGACAUCAGGAAAGCAUCUCCCCUGAAAAAACAUGAGUGUCUUUGAAUUUGAGUAAAAACAACUGAAGGACUGCCAAAGGCACUUUGCUAGCAUUGGAUACUUUGUUUAGUGUAUAACGCCAUCAUCCCUUUUCAUAACUUGUUCCAGUGAAAUGUUUGCCCCACAAAACAAAAAUAAACCUAAAUAACUCAAUGUAAUUUAAUAUGAAUAUGAAGUUCAUAUAAUAUGCACAUUAUUAUUGUAGGAAUUCUGUGUAAAUCCUGAAGUAUGCCAUGAGAAACAAAAUAUAUUUUAUAAGCUAGAAUAAUUCAUAUGACUUUCACUCUGAUGCUUUGGGUAAAGGUGUCUGCUAAAUUAACAAAUAAUAAUAAUGCCAAAGACAUGCUUGUAUUUACUUGGGCUACUUAAUCGAACACCCUGGAAACCUACAUUGUUGUACUGCUAUUUAACUGCAAUCUGAGAUUGUUUUAUAGUGUAUUAAUGUACCAUACUGUACAGAUGUAUAUACUGCACACUAAACUGUAUAUUGCUAAUUUCUUGUUUUAAGUUACAGACUUGUCAGUGGUGGUUUUUGUUUGAUAACAACUUUUUAAAUGAUCUCAUUGGUCUUUUAUUAAAUAUAAAAUUCUCAAAUCAAAUUUGUGCUGCCUUAUUUAUUAUUAUUUUAUUAUUUGUUUAUUUAGCAGACGCCUUUAUCCAAGGCGACUUACAGAGACUAGGGUGUGUGAAGUGUGCAUCAGCUGCAGAGUCACUUACAAUUACGUCUCACCUGAAAGACGGAGCACAAGGAGGUUAAGAGACUUGCUCAAGGUCACACAAUGAGUCAGUGGCUGAGCUGCCUUAAUACAAACAUCACUUCAUAUUGCAUUUGAAAGACUGGUGAUGGAUUACGCUGUUGUAAAGACAUAAUUGACACUAUGUUAGAAAUAAAUCAAGUUCAAAAUGUU